AUGUCGCCGCACUCAGCCGGUCACGUGACCCGGUCACGUGACCCGGUCGUCCAACUGGCUGGACCGACCGGCUUGACCUGCUGUGGGACCAAAUCUUCGUGACCUUUCUGAAGGAGCUGCUGCCCCGGGCCGGCCAGCCUCAACCAGGCCCAGUCACGUGACCCUUCUUCCAAGUCCUCUCACAGCAGAGCCACUGGGUCGGAACCCUCCAUCUCUUCGCUGCGGUCACUUGACAGGCUCUGCAACCUUCAUCUCUCCUGCUGUCGCUGUGCUGUGAGGCCACGCCUCUCACACAUGCGGUCAGCCAGUGGUGCCAUGUCAGUCGGGAAACUCACUCAGGUGCGCACGUGUUGGUCUACUGCAAUAGACUGGACUCACACUAACGGACCUGGGACCAGGGCCUUCAGAAAGUGACUCUCAAACUGUGUUUCAUGGUUGUAGAGCACGUGACGGAGUAAGAUGUGUCAUCUAGAGACUCCAGCAUUUGACAGGCCCAGCUGUUGGUGGCUAAAUGAAGCCUCCUGAGCCGUGGACCAGUCAGGCUCCGCUCUGGGGGCAGCAGGAAAGAAAGGAAGGGUGACGCCCAGCCGCACAUCCAGACUGACUCUGAUGGCUGCUCCCCAGCCCAGGACCCUGAAGAGGACCACCCCCAUGAUGGUUUCCCAAAAGGUUCCUCCAAGUUGGUGGACCUGAACAUCUGGGGUGUCAAGGGCCCUCUUCUGCCCGGUCCAGCCCGGCGGGAUCGAGUCGGCCUCUGCAGACGCGGAGCAGCACCUUCAGGAUGAGGACACUCACCAGGUUCUCUGGAGCGCUCCAUAUCCACAGUGGGCAGAUGGAGCGGCCGAUCCCUAAUCACAAGGUAGCAGCCACCACAGAUGUCCGACAGAUGGGUCACACGCUCUGGUCCUGCAUUACUGAGCACCGUGGGACCAAACCGGAGGCCAGGACCGUACACCACCACAACUGGAGUUGGUGCUCCAGAUCCAGAUCCAGUCCUGCUUUUCUGUCCCGCUCCACCGUGCAACAGGAAGUGGUUGCACGCACAGGAAGUAGAUGAGCUCCUGGAAUGGAAGCAGAAUAAAACCCUGGAUCGCGCCUGAGUCCCGUUUCGGAGUAAACAAAGAUGUAUGACGUGGGGAGAAGCGGUGACAUCAUUCACCUGAAUGUUGGUGGGAAGCGGUUCAGCACCUCCAGGCAGACGCUGACCUGGGUCCCGGACUCCUUCUUCUCCAGUCUCCUGAGUGGCAGGAUCUCCACCCUGAAGGAUGAGGACGGAGCUAUCUUCAUCGACAGAGACCCGUCCUUGUUCACCCCCAUCCUCACCUUCCUGCGAACCAAGGAGCUUCAUCCCCGUGACGUCAGUGUGCACAUGCUGCUGCACGAGGCCGAGUUCUAUGGCAUCACACCUCUAGUGAGGAAACUGCAGCUCUGUGAUGAACUGGACCGGUCCUCAUGUGGAAGCGUCCUGUUCAAUGGCUACCUGCCCCCCCCAGUGUACCCGGCCAAGAGGCGGAACCGUCACAGUGUGGCUGGGUCUCAGCUGGGCUCCGGGCGUCCGGUGCUGUCAGAGAGGACCCCAGUCCGACGCAGCAACACCAUGCCCCCUAACCUCAGGCAUCCUGGGGGAGGCACGCGAGCAGAUGAGCGGACAUCUGGAGAUCCCGGCCUGGUGAGGAUCAUCUGCGGUCACCACAACUGGAUCGCCGUGGCCUACACACACUUCGUGGUGUGUCACAGGGUGAAGGAGUCCUCCGGAUGGCAGCAGGUCUUCACCUCGCCUCGGCUGGACUGGAUGAUCGACAGGGUGGCGCUCAACGCCAAAGUCAUGGGGGGCUCGCUCGGUGAGAACGACAAGAUGGUGGCGGUGUCCUGUGUGACGGAGAUCAUCCUGUGGUCCGUCUGCUCCGACGGCAACGGCAAUGAAAUCGGAGUCUUCAGUCUCAACGUCCCAGUGGAGGCGCUCUUCUUCGUGGGUAACCAGCUGAUCGCCACCAGUCACACGGGCAAAGUGGGCGUGUGGAACGCUGUGACCAAACACUGGCAGAACCAAGACGUGGUUCCCAUCAGCAGCUACGACACGGCAGGCUCUCUCCUCAUCCUGGGCUGCAGCAACGGCUCCAUCUGCUACAUAGACGUGCAGAAGUUCCCGCUGAGGAUGAAGGACAAUGACCUGCUGGUGACGGAGCUCUACAGAGACCCCAGUGAAGAUGCCAUCACUGCGCUCAGCGUCUACCUGACCCCAAAAAUCAGCGACAGCGGGAACUGGGUCGAGAUCGCGUAUGGAACCAGUUCUGGGACCGUUCGGGUCAUCGUGCAGCACCCGGAGACGCUGGGUUCGGGGCCGCAGCUCUUCCAGACCUUCUCCGUGCAUCGGAGCCCCGUCACUAAGAUCAUGCUGUCGGAGAAGCACCUGAUCUCAGUGUGCACGGACAACAACCACGUUCGGACCUGGACCGUCACGCGCUUCCGCGGGAUGAUCUCCACCCAGCCGGGCUCCACGCCGCUCACCUCCUUCAAGGUGCUGAGUUUGGAGGACGUGGAUGGACUGGGCUGCAGCGCCGGGACUGAGAUGGGGCCGUACGGCGAGAGGGACGACCAGCAGGUCUUCAUCCAGAGAGUGGUGCCCGACACCGACCGCCUCUACGUCCGACUCUCGUCCAACGGGAAGCGGGUGUGUGAAGUGCGCUCGGUGGACGGCGCCUCCAUCACCGCCUUCACCGUCCACGAAUGUGAAGGUUCCAGCCGCAUCGGCUCUCGACAGCGCCGCUAUCUCUUCAGUGGCCAUGGCAACGGGAGCAUCCAGAUGUGGGACCUGACCACCGCCAUGGAGAUCUCAGGGAAGGUGGACAUCAGAGCUCUCGGUGGGCCCACAGAGGAGGAGCUUCUGGAGCUUUUGGACCACUGCGACGUGACCCUGACCAGGACCCCGGACAACACCCCGCGGGCCUCCACCUGCAGCCUGCUCAUGGACUCCCUCCGGUCUGAGCGCUGCACCUCGUGGGCUCCCACUGGCUUUGCUUCCUCGGCUUCGUCGCUCUGUGGCAGUCUACCCCGUCACACUCCUUCCAAACCUGCCGGGGAUUUUGCCGAUCCGACCUCACCCGCCGGCCCGGUCUGUGCCCACCCCGGUGCGCGGCUGGUGAGGCACUGGGAGGAGCUUGCUAAAGGUCAGGGGUCAGCGGGGCCCGGAGGAGAUGGGGCCAGGAGCGGCACGUGUCACCAGCUGGAGCCUCAGUUUGGCCGAAGAACCCACCCCUCCAUGACACUGGCCACGUCUCUCUCACCACCAGGGGGCGCUGGGCAGCCGCCCCCGUCCAGCCCCAGCCUGCCUGCCACUCCGUCUCCGCCCUACACGCCCCCUUGUGCUCCAGCAGUCGCGGAGGGUCCAGACACCCCCACCCCCGCCUCCAGCCCCAAACCCCACAUGAACGAGACCAGCUUCUGAUGGCUGUCUGUGACCAAGUGCCUGCAGUAGAACCCUGAUGGCUCAGGUCCCAAGGGUGGCACCAGGAGGAGGAGCCGUGGAGUGCCAAAGUCCCUCAGGUGUGUGGCAUCGCCCCAAGAUGUUUUUAACUGUUGGAGACUUGAGUGAUGUCAAAAUAAAGGAAGCUUUUGAGGUGACCGUUGCGUGUGUGCGUGUGACAGAGGGAGAAACUCACCCUGCCCUGACCACGCCACCCUGCAGUCAUGUUGCUGGGGUCUCCACACCUCUCGCCACGUCCCGUGUGGGAUCUUUGUGACUCUGGGUCCGAACACUUCAAUUCAAGCCUUUGACUCGGAGCUUCACCACACGUCCUGCUCUCUGAACUCGGCGGUGGCCUCUACUGUCCUGUGUCACCGCUGUCAGCGCCACCACACAGAAACAGUGGAUCAGGACCAAAGGUUUUUAUUGAAAGAACAAAAGUGACCUCUGGCAGCUCGCCACAGUCCGACGACAGAAACCUUGGCGACUGUCAGCAUCAUCCGUCCAGAGGCAGGCACUCGUUUCUCAUCCAGAGGCAACGUACCACUUGUGUCUGACUGGACGGCAGCCUUGUUUGUGGCACUGGCUUCCUCCGACCCCCAUGGAGCGACGGUGAGGAGUCUGUCUUCAGAGCCCGUGACACUGUGGCUACCCUGGAGUCCUGUUGCUCAUUCUUCUGGUCGUGAAUUGACUCGUCACACGAGAAGUCGUGGAUCGGGUGGUUGGUUUGAGCGCAUGCUUUUCUGUCGCAGGGCUUUGGUGCUCAGGUUACGCUCCUCUGUCCCCGCACGCCUGUGUCUCGCGUCGAGAGUCCCCGGAACACGAGUCGCGUUCAGACCCCCCGGUGGGUCCUCGUCAGUAUUCCUCUCCCUCGUCUUCGCCCUCGUCCCCAACGCUGUCGGUUCCCACCUCCUCGUAGUCCUUCUCCAGAGCGGCCAUGUCCUCGCGCGCCUCGGUGAACUCUCCCUCUUCCAUCCCCUCCCCCACGUACCAGUGGACGAAGGCCCUCUUGGCGUACAUGAGGUCGAACUUGUGGUCCAGUCGGGCCCAGGCCUCGGCGAUGGCGGUGGUGUUGCUCAGCAUGCAGACGGCCCGCUGCACCUUGGCCAGGUCGCCUCCCGGAACCACGGUCGGGGGCUGGUAGUUGACCCCCACCUUGAAGCCCGUGGGACACCAGUCCACAAACUGGAUGGUGCGUUUGGUUUUGAUGUUUGCGAUGGCAGAGUUGACGUCCUUGGGCACCACGUCGCCGCGGUACAGCAUGCAGCACGCCAUGUACUUACCGUGACGAGGGUCACAUUUCACCAUCUGGUUGGCCGGCUCGAAGCAGGCGUUGGUGAUGUCGGCGACUGACAGUUGCUCGUGAUAGGCCUUCUCUGCCGAGAUCACCGGCGCGUACGUGGCCAGAGGGAAGUGGAUUCGAGGGUAGGGAACCAAGUUGGUCUGGAAUUCUGUCAAGUCCACGUUGAGAGCGCCGUCAAAGCGCAGCGAGGCGGUGAUGGACGAGACGAUUUGACCGAUCAGCCGGUUGAGGUUGCUGUACGUCGGCCGCUCGAUGUCCAGAUUUCUCCGGCAGAUGUCGUAGAUGGCUUCGUUGUCGGCCAUGAAGGCGCAUUCCGAGUGCUCCAGGGUGGUGUGGGUGGUCAGGAUGGAGUUGUAGGGCUCCACCACGGCGGUGGACACCUGGGGGGCCGGGUACACGGCAAACUCCAGCUUGCUCUUCUUACCAUACUCCACAGAGAGGCGCUCCAUCAGCAGCGAGGUGAAGCCGGAGCCAGUGCCGCCACCGAACGAGUGGAAGAUGAGGAAGCCCUGGAGCCCGGUGCACUGGUCCGCCUGGAGGAGCACAGCCGGUCACUGCACGUCCCGGGACGGGGAAAGGCUCAGGCUCACCAGCUUGCGAGUCCUGUUCAGCACAAGGUCGAUGACCUCCUUGCCGAUGGUGUAGUGGCCUCUGGCGUAGUUGUUGGAGGCGUCCUCCUUCCCCGUGAUCAGCUGCUCGGGAUGGAAGAGCUGCCGGUACGUUCCGGUGCGAACUUCGUCUGCCAAGCAAAGCGGCUGCCGUUUCUGCUGCAACGUCCCACCCAGUGAGGCCUUGCUUACCGAUGACGGUGGGCUCCAGGUCCAGGAAGAUGGCUCUGGGCACGUGCUUGCCGGCGCCGGUCUCGCUGAAGAAGGUGUUGAAGGAGUCCUCCCCGGCGAUGGUCUUGUCGCUGGGCAUCAAGCCGUCGGGCUGAAUCCCGUGUUCCAGGCAGAAGAGCUCCCAGCAGGCGUUUCCUAUCUGAGACCCUGCCUGGCCAAUGUGGAUGGAGAUACACUCACGCUGCGGAGACAAGGACGCGGGUGAAGGUCGGCGCAGGGGAGCGACGGAGAGCUGCCGGGGCCUCACCAUGUUGACCUGUGUCUGUUUUUUCCUCCUCUACUCUACUUUUCUCUUUCUUCUUUUUCUGAUCACAACGGUGGUUUGUUUGACUCCUGGCAGGUGCCAUACUUUCAUUUAUAAUCUUUUUUGGGGCGGAGCCACAAAUCCUUUGGUAAGGAGGCGGCGACAAAGCAAAGACUGCGCCACACAGAGCUGUGAGCAAACAAAGACGCCGGUCCCUUUGUCACAGAGUCUGACGGCUCGGCGCCGCGCAGUCGCAGCCCGAGUCUGCACCGUGCCGGGUCCGGGUCAGGACGUCCCCUCGGGCCGGCAGCACCUGGCCGCGGCGUCCCACCACGAGCACACAGAGAACCUGGGUUGGGUCCCACAACCUGUGCAGUGACUUUAUUGAAAGGUACUUCCCACGGUUACAAAGUGGUGAGGACGAGUCAACGGUGAGCUUACAAAGAUACAAUGAUGGGAGUUCAGUAGUUUGCUCUGCGAGAGCCUCAUGAGCCCAAAGGUCAGAGGUCAACGCCCAGCCUGGGGAGGAACCUCGGUCCAGGAAAAUGUUGAGUCUCGCUGAUCUCUAAGUGGAUGGAGACCCUCGACGCCCUGGUGCCUCCCGGUCCUGUCAGGAAGGAGCCGAUGGUGGCGAGGUGUUGGCCCCGGCGUCUCCUCUACGCCGCCACGCAGUGGUUGGGUCUGUGUGACAUCACGUAUCCCCUCCUGCACACGCAGCGGAACGAGCCCUCCGUGUUGACGCAGCGAGCGUUGACGCAGGGAAAGUCCACGCCGGCGACGUCCUCGCACUCGUUGACGUCUGCCACAGACAGAGGCGGCGGUCAGCGUUAGGCGUCUGCAUCCGCCAGACCCGAGGUCACGUCACCUGUGCAUGUCAUGAAGGUCAAGUCCAGCUGGUAACCGAAGUCACAGUCACAGGUGUAACCCUCAGCAACGCGGACGCAUCUUCCGUUCUCACAGCCGAAGAGGAUCCCGCAGUCGCCGCCCGCCGACGCCUCCUGCUGUCCUGAGGUGGGAGGAGCUCUGUCAUCGUUGGACCAGCGGCACUCGUGUGACCUGAAGGGGCUCUAAUGGGUCAGAACCUGCGGGACUGACUCUGUGUGUAGAGUUAAGAUGAGAAGAUGGUACAACAGGUGCAGAGCCCUGGAAGUGACAUGUGUGGGUUCUGUUUUGAAGCCUGAGAGCAGCAGUCUCGGCAUGAAGACGUGAAGGAGAGCGUGGUUGGACCAGGCUCCAGGGGAGGAUCUCGGCCUGUGGGAGCCGUCCCACUGUGUGGAAUGCUGCGCUUCCAUCCACCUUUGUCCUGCUGCUGACAGCAGGCUGUUGCUUGGCCUUAGAUGAGCCGUUUAGGAAGGAAGACGAGUGACGGACUCAUCUGAGGGGAGGGACCGCUGACACGCCCACACGGCCCAUCACACACCGGAUCACGGACGUCUGACUCACUGUGGUGAGCCCGCCUCUGCGCUCCGGCUCUGCCGUCGUAGAAGGGCGACCGGACCUCAGCGUCGUCCUCACUUAGCAGUGGAGGAGGGAGAGCUGCGAAGGGCCGCUCUGCUCCAGGGUCCGCAGGCAGGUAGAAGGAGGGCGGCCUUGGAGGGCCGGCGCCAAGGUCUCCGUCGGGGUAAGACCUGUUGGAGAGACAGAGCGAUUCCCGCACGGGACAAGUCACGCAGGUUCACCGGUCCCGAGGUCUGUCUGAUCGGGUCAUGACACCAUGACAGAGGAAAGUGUUGACCUGAAGUCUGCUCUCGGGAGACCUGAAAACCCGUCGUCAGACCAACGCCCGCCAAAGGCCCGGCCUCGCAACCUGGCGCCCCCUGGUGGAGAGAAGAUGUGGUGACGUGAGAGGGAGGCGGGACGGUGUGACGACCGUUCAGGUGAAGGCCCGCACGUCUUGCUCCGGGACUGGCAUCCGGUCGGGCCAACGGUUCCGGUGGUGAGGGAAAGAGGCGCGGGCUGCAGAGGGCGGCGAACUCGUCUGCGGCGAGAAGGAAAGGCUUGGCUUUUGUGACCUCGCACUCACGGAGCCCGCGGCUUCCUGCUACCAGAGUCGGCCGCCGGGCACAGCGCGCACUCCAUCCCCCAGCCGGCGCCGUACAGACAGCAGCAGUCGGCGAAGGAGACCUGGCCACUCAGCAGAGGACUCUGACACACCAGGUCGGUGACGUGCUGCCAGCACAGCGACACGCCCUCGUCUGCCGGUCACAUCCAGGAAGUCAAGGCACACGUGGGUGGAGUCCAGGUCUGAGACUCUCACCUGCGCUCAGGUGGGAGGCGUUGAGGCAGGCGCGCUGCGUGUCGUCCAGCGUCAGCGGCGGCGGGCAGCUGCAGUAGUAGGAGCCCACCGUGUUCACGCAGGUGCCGCCGACGCAGGCCUCCUCCUCGCACUCGUCGUGAUCUGACGCCACACAAGGACAUGCCGAGGUUGGACUCCUGUGGCGUGCGUGCGUGCGUGCGCGGGGGCCGCGGCGCGACGUACCGAUGCACUCCAGCAGCGUGCUGUCGUAGACGUAGCCGCUGGAGCAGUAGCACUUGUAGCCCGGGAUGUUGUUGACGCACAUGCCGCUCUUACACACCUCCGGCUGGAAACGUUUGCACUCGUCCACGUCUACACGACAAACGCACACGUUGCCGUCGACGCCAUCCACCGCGGGGAGCACCAGCAAGGCAGACCUGUGUAGCUGAAGGCGUCCGAGGAGCUGGUCACGUAGCCCCGCCCACUGGGACACAGAGCCUGGAAGGGAGCUGGAGGUGCAGGGUAAGUGGCACUUCCCCUGAGGAGGUGUGGCAGGACUCACCUGAGCGAGGGGGGGGGCAGGCCUGGUACUGGCAGCCCAGCCCCCAGCCCUGCCCCACCGUGCAGCAACACUCCUGCUGGGUGGUGUUGGUGGCCAGAAGGUUGCAGGUUCCUCGCUCUGCCAGGUUGUAGUAGCAUUCCCUCCCCUCCCCUGGGCCCGGGGAGGGGAGGGGCUCGCUGGGGGGCGUGGUUGAGGGGCGGGGCUCCAGACCGGCUGCUGCUGCUGCUGCUGAAGACCAGAGAGAGCAGGAAGGUUGAGAGGCGCUGCAGGGACCACGUGUGUCCCGCCCAGUGAUGGCGUCACAGCCAGCAGAUACCAUCUCUCUCUUUAACGUUUCAA